AUGGGAAACACUUUGAUUGAUAAUAGAGGAAGACUUGAUUUAAUGAAAUCUUUUGAAACUCACAAUACUGAAUAAGACAUUGGAGUUAGAUAAAGACGAUUAUCUGACAAUAAACUUUUAAAGUCCAUACAUUACAAAAUGCAUCAUCAGAAUUUAGUUGUUAAAGUAUACUUAAUUUUAAAAAAAUUAACACAUAAUGAACUUUAUAUCCAUUUCUAAAACUUUCAAUAUUUAAUGGAAUAAUUUGAUCCAUAUCCAAAUCUAAUGGCAUUUCUUGGAUUAAUAAAUUUUGGUAAAAUAGAGAAGCCAUCUCCAUAAGAAAUGUAGAAUGAAUGUAAUAAAGAUUAUUUAGCUAUUUCACGUUAAAUGUUAUAUAUGACACUUGAAGAAAGACUUUAGUCCAAUUAUAAACUUCCAAAAUGCAUUCUGAAUUUUUACAUUUUAUAAUUAUUAAGUGCUGUAAAAACAUUACAUAAUAUAAAUUGUUAUCCUGGUCAUAUACGUUCAUCAAAUAUUCUACUUACUAGUUUAGAUUAUUUAGUUUUGACUGACUUUGCAUCAUAUAAACCAUAUUAUACUAAUGAAUUUGAAGUCAUAAGAAAUGUUUAUGAAUCAUCUAUUCAAAAAUGUACAUUAGCUCCUGAGAAAUAUGCUGAUAAUCAAGAAAUACAAUCUAUUGUCAAUCUUACUAAAGAAUCAAUCUAAAAUUUAUAAAAAUGGACAUGUUUUCAAUAGGAUGGGUUAUUUAUGAAAUUUAUACAGGUGAAUGUUUAUUUACAUUUUAAUAACUAUUAUAAUAUCGUAAAAGAGAAUUUGAUCCUCUUAUCAAAGUUGAAGGGAUCAUAAGAAAUUUAAUAUGCAAUCUAAUUGAUUUAAAUGCAAAUAAACGUUAUACUGCUAAAGAAGCAUUUAAUAUAUUUUAUAAUUCAAUUUGUGAAUAUGAUACUUAUGAAUUAAUUCAAAAGGUUUGUUAUGCCAUUAAUUUUAAAGGAGAGUUUAUGUAUCCUGAUGUCAGAAUUGCUUGAUUCAGACAAAUUGUUACUUCACUUUAAUCCUAAUAAUGGAAUUAUGUUAUGCCAAUCCCUUUAUAAUUUAUUUCUUUGAAACAAUUCAAUAGUAUAAAUAUUCAAUCAGAACAUCCAAAUAAAUUGCCUGAAAUAAGGUUUAAAACUCCUUAAAAUAGUAUUACAUUGGCAGGUUAAAUUGAAAAUUCAGAAAACUUAAUUUAUAUUAAAGUGAAAUGUAAAACUCUGAUGAUGAUGCCAAUUCCUUACUUUCAUAACAUAAUAUUAUGUCUUAGAAUUUUUCAAAAAUUUGAGGUUAGAAAUCCAAAUAAAGUGGUCGAAAUAUAUUAUUCGAUAGUGUCAAGAAUAAUAUAAAUAAAAGUUAGAAUGAAUACAUCUUAUUUAUAUUAUGGAUAUUUAAUUCAAUUAGGAAUUGUAGAUUUUUAUAAACCAGAUUAUGUGGUUUAGAAUUAGCGGAAUAUUUUCUAGAAUUCAUCGAUGAUUCAUCAAUGUAUAAACUCAUCAUUCCUAAUUUGGGUUAAUUUUGUGAAGAUUAUGAAGGAUAAACAUAAUUAUAUGCCUUUUCUAUUUUUUUAGAUUUAUUGAAAAGAAGUAAUUAUCCAUAUAGUUCUUAAACUGAAGCAUUCAUUUUUAAAUUAUAUAUUUGUGGACAAAUUAAAACUAGAUUACAAGAUAUGAGUUAAAAUCCAAUGUUAGGGAUUAAGAUUGGAGAUAUAGCAUUAGUUUUAUAAUGA